AUGGUGGUGGAGAUGUACAGGAACUGCGCCGGGUUUUUCGAUCAGCUCGAGGAAUCGAUCGAUUCCACUCUCGGCGAAUCGGGAUUUGAGGAGAGAAAAAAUGGUGAGGUGUUCGCGAUGAAGGUCGGGCUGGCGCUCGGAAGGAGUCCGGCGGAGGUCCGGGAGCUGGCUGGAAAGUGUGCUAAUAGUAGGGAUGAAGGCACGCCGUUGGAUGAGUUUGCUAGCAAGCUCUUCUGA